CAUCAUGCCCAGCGCCCCGCCCAGCCCGGCGGCCCUGGGGUCUCUGACUGCAGCCGCGUGAGCUCGGAGGCGCCGCCGCCGCGAUGCCGAAAGCCAAAGGGAAAAACCGGCGCCGAAAGUUCGGCUACAACGUCAACCGCAAGCGGCUGUACCGGCAGAGCCGCAAGCGGGCGGCGCCCCGUAUCGAAUGCUCCCACAUCAGACAUGCAUGGGACAGAACAAAAUCCGUGUCUCAGAACCUGGCUGAAAUGGGGCUGGCUGUAGACCCCAACAAGGCGAUUCCCAUCCGGAAAAGGCAUCCGGUGAUGGAAAUGGAGGUUGAUGGCCAAGACAAAGGGAAGAGAGUUGUGAAGAAGCCUUAUGUCCUGGACGCCAGGGCAUAUCUUGAAUGCUGUCUCUUCAUGACAACCCUCCCGCCUGCUCUCAGAUCUAAGCACUGGAGCUGGCCACUGAGCCAAUGGGACAGACACACAUCACGUGUGAGCUGGAGUAUGAGGCCAGUCUCCCGGAGAAAAAGUCAGAGACACUCUCCAGAGACCUUAUUGACUAUGUGCAGUACAUGGUACGGAACCAUGGCGAGAACUAUAAGGCCAUGGCUUGUGAUGAGAAGAACUACUACCAGGACACGCCCAAGCAGAUCAAGAGGAAGAUCAGUGUGUAUAAGCGCUUCUACCCAGAGGAGUUCCAGGCUUUCAUUGCAUCCCUGCAGCAGGUCAAGAUGGACCAGCAGUGACUGCUCCCACCCUGCCCUGUUGGACCCACCUGCAGCUGUGGGUCCCAUGCUGCCCCUCCCCAGGCAACCAAGGGAAGAUUGACUCUGCCUGCUGGUGCCAUUUCACCAUUCGCAGGCUGGGGCUUGCUGAACUCCAUGUAGCUUCUGGUGGGCAGGGAUGGAGCCGCGCUCCGUGGGGAGAAGGUGGGAAUGAGCAUGCGCUAGAAUGGGCUCCUCCGUGUGCCUCAGCAUAGUGGGGGCGAAAGGAAGAGACAGUCUCUUGUGUCCUGCAGCUCCUAGUUACAAUAAAUCAGACUCUUCCGAACCAGCCUGAAUACACCCUAGUGCAGCUGGCUCAAGGGCUCCAGCUCCUGCCUGUACUGCGCGAAGCCGGGGUGGCCCCGGUGCUGACCCAAGGGAAGUCUUCAUUCUAGGGACUGCUCUGGCUCUUCGCAGGCGGUGUAAGCCCCCUGCCCAGUGCAGCCAUGGGGCUGGAUUGUUCAGAGCCCCCAAGCAAGAGUCCACAGGGCUUUGCUGCUGGCUGCUUGGGAACAGCAGCCCUGGGAGUGGGAGGAAAGGCUGGCAGGGUGCUGCCUUUCCCCAGUGCUACACGUUCACCUGCUGGGACUCAUGCUUGCCCUUAUCUUUACCAGAGUGACACUCAGGCCUCAGUGGGUCAGAAGCCAGACUAGUGAUCAGUGGUACCCCAAAAGCCACAGUUGUGUGAAUUCAUCGUUCCAUUUACUAUCGUACUAGUCAUAUGUAAACAGUAUGACAGGGAAAUAUUUAGUUUUUAUAGGUUAUUCUCACAGCAAAAUGACUGACCAAGUAUUUUAUCAACUGCGGUUGGUUAAUCUAGUAAAAGCAUCCUGAUUGGUUAAUCAUGAAA